GCACUGAUCUGGCUGUCAAAAUACCAGGUCUAUGACAUCAUGCCCCCCUCCCCCUUCCGUCUUCUGACAACAACUUGUAUAACGUCAUAGUGUACUUUAGACCGAUGACUUAAUGAUUACAUUGCCAAAGGGAGAAUACGCUGGUACUGCUCGCGAACGUUACAGGGUGCAAAAGUGUCGAGAAGGACAAAAUCAUGGAGGACAAGUCGUGGGAAAACAUCACGGACCACAUCAUUAUCCACAUCCUCUCCUACCUGCCUGUCCACCACCGGCACAACGCCGGCGCCGCCUGUCGCUCCUGGAACCGGGCAUUCAACUCUCCGCUGCUCUGGCGCCACGUUAGAGCCACCUUCCACUCGGAGAAGGACGUCCGCUGGCUGGGGUGUCUCCAGCGGUACGGGACCCACUUCAGGACUGUGCACAUCGACUGCAACCAGGAGGACGUCGUCAACAGGAGGAUCACCUGCGACUUCAUCAACGAGCUGGCGCGCCUCCCGGAAAGGCGACUUAAACGGUUCAUCGUCGUCUUCUCCGGAAUGAACCCGUACUUCUAUGCAGGUCAGGAGAUGCAUGAGGCCAUCGAGGAUCUAUUCGGCCCCCCUCCCACCAAAUGUAACGUCAUCUCAACCCUAGAACACGUGGAUCUAGGGAAGCUGUCUAUCGCCUACUCGGACAAACUUUUCCUCCCUCUUGCAGAGAACAAUCCCAACCUGAGGUUCCUCAACAUUCAGAAUGCUUCUCUGGUCUGUAAGGUGUCUUCAGAUUGUCUUCUUAAGAUCAUCACGACCUGUACCAAACUUGUGGACCUGAGAGUUCACUAUUACAGCCUGUCUGAGGAGGUACUCACAGCUCUUGCAGAUAAAGAGCGGACUCCUCUGCAGCACCUCUCUGUAUGUUGCCAAAAGGACGACAAGAUGGGUUUCGCCAAGGUGUGGGAAUCUGAGUUCUGGAAAGCGCUGACGGAGCACAACCGCGCCCUCCGCGUGUCGCUGAUCUUCGGCGACUACUGUCCGACGUUGCGGAUCCCCAAACUCCUGAAGCCUGAGAUCCCGGUGUCUGUGCUCCGUGUGGAGAACUGGCAUCCACUGCUGUACCUGGUGAGGUUCUGCUGCGAACACUACUACAGGACAAUCGAGGUCCUGGUGCUACACACUCACACCAGCCCCCAGCUGGACCAGUCCCUUCUGGAGUUGGUCACCAAGAGCCCCCGGCUGAGAGAACUCCACGUCUACUGUGUGCUAGCGAAGGACACGGUCUCCGAGAUCCUGAAAAUCCGCCCUGGUCUGCAGCGCAUCACGCUCAAGUCGGAGAAAGAACCUUUCCCCUGGGAGCCCGAAGAGUUGUAGAUGUAGUAGUUUGUGUUACAACAACAAAAAAUUGUAACUGUAGUUCAUCUACAAUGAAUGCAGAAUGCCUCAUGCCAUGGUUCAUUAAAUUGUAUUACAUUUCAUAUAAGCCCUGGGCAUAGAUCCUUUGUAAUCAUAUAAAUGUAACUUACAUGAACAGAAAAUCCAUUCACCUUUAAAGAUUAUAAGAUUACAAAACCCCAAACAAAGACCAAUUUGUGCAAUAGCUAGACAUCAACAUUUCUUAACCUGUAAAAACAGAUAAUGAACUAGAUGAUGAGUGUGUUAGAUAUGCUACAAAGCAGUUUUAAACUUUAAAUGAAAGAAAUGAUGUGUCAAAAGAUUAUGGUUUGUUUGCGAGGUUUGUAAUUUAUCAUGAAUUGACUGUGCUUGAGAUGUGAUUGAAAAGAGCUUUAUCGAAGGUUGUUUUGUAACAAAAAUGAUUUUGAAAUCAUGAAUUUAUUUUAUGUAUGUAAACGUGUAUACAUAACUAUAAAAAGUAUCGGCCACUUUACAACUAUUAACUUGAAAUUAUGGUGUUAUCUACCAUAUAUCAUUUUACCUUGAUGAACUGAAUCAUUUUAGAAUGUAAUUGUAUGUCAAUUCUCUGGCUUAAGAAAUGCUUCAUUGUAUAUCGUUAUGAUCUUGGUUGAUGAAAGUUUUAAAACCAAAAAAAUUUUUUAUCCUAAGAAAUCAUACUUUUAUUGCUAUCUAUGUAAUACAUACAUUUACAUGUAACUACAAAUAAUAUAGACCUCUUGAAAUUAUGAUGUUAUCAUUUUAGUACAUGUAUAUAUAUAUAGAAAAAAAAGACACAUUGUGAUCUUGGUUUGAAAUAGCUGUCUCAUAUGACAAUAUAAGCCCUAUUUGCUUUUGAAACAGUAUGUGUGUGAUACACAACAUGUAAGCUGUCUUACAUGUGUAUAAAAGUUAUUUUUUAUUUCUAUCUUAUGUACUUGUCAAAGUAUCCUGCCCUUUUCAAAUUCCAUUUGUAUUGUCUCUGCUUUUGUCAGCUGGGCUAGCCCUUUGUAAUAGCCACAGGCUCGUUGGGCAGCCCUGGCUGUGUGUGCUGAACAGCCAAACCAAUAAAUAGAAUAAAUACACAACAUCGUCUUGCAUAUCUUGAUAUGUCUACCUUUAUUAGCGAUUAAAAAAGCUUGUACAACAGGACAGCUAAGUACGCUGCGUGACAGCCACAGUACAAAGCCUUGAUUAAGCACAGACACAGACAGCUUCAUAUUGGCAGAAUCAUUGGGGCAGCAUCGCGGACACGGGACUCCAGAUGGCUCACAGUCUUUCUGUCAUUGGUCCAAGACAGACAAGCAAUCUCAUUGUGGCGUUGCUACUGCAGUAUAAAGAUCAUCUCCAAGCAGAUCUUACAGUAGCAUAAGAUUUGUGUAGUAUCAAAAGCUGGCAGAGGAGUGAAGCCAGCCUUGGAGAGUGUAUGCUCCUGUGCCCGUCUGACUCCCGUUGGCUGCUAUACUUCUUUGCCAGCUUUGGUACUAUCUUAUGGCACCGUAGGAUCUGCUUGGAGACUAGUAUAAAGACACUGUGUGUAUUUGGAGUCUCACUCUGACUCUCACACACACACAGACUGUAUGGUGACUUUUGCUGAAUUUGGUGUUAACUGGGUCCCAUGUCCUAAAUACAUGAAAUAUUUCAAGAUUCGAUCAUUUUACAUGAACUGUACUUCAGCCGGCGAGCUGGGCAAAGAUGUUAGUUACAUGCCCUAUUUCCAAUUUCAAAAAAAGUCAUAGAACCUAUAAAUUUUGCCCCUUCCUCUGCAUAAAUAUAGUGUUUCUUGAUAGCAAAGCCAGCACAGCAUUCACAUCACUUCUUAUUGAACAUUAAAAGCAUUUCUAUCAUACCCUCAUUUCAGGUUGACCACUUAGCACUGCCUAGUGAAUACAUUAUAGCAUUUGACCACCUGUAUAAACAAAAUAAAUCAUGCGCAGAUGGCAACAAGACUUCUUUGGCUGAGACACCAGAAACAUUUUGGCCUAUCUAUAUAUAUACAUUUCAGCUGCUAGCUUUUUAACCAUUCCAUGACACAGUGCCUACGAUGGUGUUAUAUCUGAGCGACAUUUUGUGUAUGUGGGCAGAGACUGCGAUCUGGCAGAAUCACUGAUUCUAUUAGUAGAGAUGCUGAUUGUCUGAUGAUCAGGAUGUUCUCCCCUUUGUAAAUUAGAAACUUCAUGUAGAUUGAUUCAAAGUGUCAUGAAUCGAUCGAAGUUGAAAAGUUUUGCCCCUCUGAUCAGGUUCUCUACUAGAGCAAAACCAGCAUUUCUGUCAGACUGCUACAAAUAUGCCUCUACCCUGGCCGGAAAUGUCAUGUCACAACUACCUCAUACUAGUCAUAGUACUACAGUAAUCAAUAAAAAAGGUCAAUACCAAUACAGAUUGUGGUAUCUACCUGACUUCUUGCAUUGCUGGUAAAAUAGUGGGAACUGGCAAAACAUGGUAAAUAAUUUGCCAGGGGAGUUAGCUGGCCAAGGGGUUACACAUGGGCCACCCAGAGCCCAAGCCUAUCUACUUUUUUUCCCACAGCAACUCAGAGGAGUCUGGUAGACUAAAACAA